AACUCAAUCCACGCAUGCGCGGAGGCAGAGCCCCAGGACCGCGAGACUAUCCGCACAGCUUCUCCUUAGGCCCCACAGCUAGAACUCCAAAUCGCCUAGUCCCAACCCAUGCACUCACUAAUCCGGCGCCACACGCUGGGCAUUCCCCACCACCUUAUCUGCUUGAGGACGUAAAGGGCUCUGUGGGGCAGCUGCAGCUUUCGUGCCCAUCUGUUAAAGGCCAGAGCUUCCCAUCUCUGAAAUGCGAUUCACCAGAGAAUAAGCCUGAUGGGAAGUCUGGAGAUAACAGGACACCCAACCAGCAGUUACGAUCAACCAGAUGCUGUUACUGUGUUCUUGGACUUCCCAGCCUCCAGAACUAUGUGAAACCUGAAAUUAGUGAUUUGCCAAAGGAAAUGAUGAGCUACAAUCCCAGCACUUUUCUGAAGCAAUUGAUGAUUAUUAUCUCCACAAGCCUUAUAGAACUGGAGAGUUGAAUUUGUCAAGAUCUGUUAAGUCGCGUGUAGUUGAUGUAACCUGACAGCUAGCAACAUGUAGGGAUCUGGUGACCAAGCCAAGACAUUCGGAAGCACAGACUAAGCAGAGAUGAAUCUUUUUCUAAUCAAUUGGAAUUAUAUUUUUCAGAGGUUUCUCAGUCUGUUGAACAUUAACAGCAUGUUUUAAACACAUUUUGUGCUUUAUAAAAUUGUAAUUAUAGAAAUGAAUUUCUUUGGUCACAAAUUAAUUACAGGAAAAAGUAACGAUGAAGGCUUAGCUAUUGAUUCAUUAUAUCUCUUAAGACUUCCGGGAUAUUUCACAGGCAGAUUGAUGUAGUUCAACCUCUUUUUGGAUGGACAGCUAACUUGGGUUUAAGUAGAACUUAAUUUAGAGUUCAAUCUGUAAAUAUUCACUUACUACAACAAUGCAGUGAGAAUCUUUUUUUUUAAAGUGGCACAUUCUACUGUCAUUAUUAAAUAUAUGCAUAAUAUUCCCCAGAGGCUUAAGAGUAUAGUCACAUACACACACACACACACACACACACACACACACACACACAAACACUUCCAACAUUCUAAAAAAAAAAGAUUCAUGCAAUAUUUGAAUCUCAACCAAAACUUAAUUAAUAAAAUAAAUUGAAUGAAGCCAAAGUACCAGAUUUCCAGAUGUUCUUAAUGUCACUUAUUUCCAUUAUAAAUCUUCAAAUACCAUUAGUACCUCCUUUGGGAGAGAGAAAAGGGAGAACAGAUGCUAGUAGAGUCAGGAGGUGCAACCAUAGGCAUGGUGGGCAGAAUAAUUACAGUUCUUAAAGCAAGUAUAUACAAGGAGCACUGCAUAACUGUUACCGGAAUAUCACAUUGAUCAACUGACCAGUCUACAACAUCCUCUACUAUAGAUGGGGCACCUCCUUUUGGACAAAUACCCUCAGUAAACAGAAGACAAAUAUCAGUUUUGAAUCACCAAGGGUUCUACAUAUAUUGACUUUGAUCACCAAACCAGGAAUUAUUUCCUUGUUUGUAUUUUCCCCAUUGUAAAUACUUGAUUAAUAUUUGCUACACUCUCUUUAUUUCCCUCAUUGCACUCAUUGCCAUUUAUUUAUGUUCUUAUUUGCUUAUUUGUCUCCUACUCUAAGUGGUAAGAAUGUCAUUUUUCUUGGGGAGGGAGAUACAUUUUUAUUGAAUUAUAAUGUUCAUACAGGAAAGUACACAUAUCACUAGUGUAGAACUCAGUGAAUUUUUACAAAUUGAACACAUCUGUAUAAUUAGAGUCUACAUUAAGAAAUAGAAAACAAACAGCACCCCAGAAGUCUCCGGGUGCUAUCUCAUAAGUUGCUAUAUUCCAAAAAUAAGCAUUAUCUGAUUUUUAACAGCUAAGACUAUUUUUACCUAUUCUUAGAAUUAAUAUAAAUGAAACCAUACAGUGUGUACUAUUUUGUGUCUGGCUUCUUUUGUUCAACAUAAUGUUUAUGAGACUCAUGUUAUUGGAGUAGUCAUAGAUCAUUCAUUCGUAAUGCUCUGUGAUAUUACUGUGUAUAAAUAUACCCCCAAUUACUUAUCCAUUCUAUUGCUGAUGUGCAUUUGGAUAAUUUCCAGUUAGAAUUAUUCCACAUAAUUCUAUAAAUAUAUGUUUAUUAAAAGGAUAUGUUUUUGGUGAACAUAUGUAUAGAAUUCUGUGGUGUGUAUUAGCAGUGGAAUUGUUGAGUCAUAGAGUAUGCAUAUGUUCACUUUCAGUAGAUAUGGCAAACUGUUUUCCAAAGUGGUAAAACCAAUUUCCACUUUGCCGUCAGUGUAUGUGUGAAGGAUUAUAUCUAUUUUCUUCAUAAUUGUAUCUUCUGUACUUGUCAUAGUGCUUAGUACAUGGUAGGCACUCAAGAAGUCUUAGAUGAAUCAACUCAAUUGAUAUGUCAACAGCGGCUAAACGACUAUUGCCAUUUCAUUGAUCUUUUCAAGCUUGUAAGAAGACAAAACAACUUUACAGCCCAAUUUACAAUUUUGCCAGAAUCUUCCCCUAGAUAAUUAGUACCUUGAAAAAAAGACCUCCUCACUGAAUGCUUUUUUCUACUCAAAUGGCUGACUCUUAAUGGAAUAAGCAGUAUUCAUUUGAUAACAUAAUAGAACAUACAUAUGUUAGCACGGUAAGGCAUUUUAACCUCAAAUCUCCUACCUCCUCAUUAUACAGCUGAGGAUACAGAGGGCUAGGCACAGUGGCUCACGCCUGUAAUCCUAGCACUUUGGGAGGCUGAGGUGGGUGGAUCAUUUGAGGUCAGGAGUUCGAGACCAGCCUGGCCAGCAUGGUGAAACCCUGUCUCUACUAAAAAUACAAAAACUAGCCAGGCGUGGUGGUGAGCACCUGUAGUCUCAACUACUCAGGAGGCUGAGGCAGGAGAAUUGCUUGACCCCAUGCUGUUCUCAUGAUAGUGAGUGAGUUCUCACAAGAUCUGAUGGUUUAAAAGUGUGUAGCAUUUCCCCCCGGCUCUCUCUCUCUCUCUCUCCUACUGCCAUGUAAACAAGGUGCUUCCCCUUCGCCUUCUGCCACAAUAGUAAGUUUCCUGAGGCCUCCCCAGUCAUGCUUCCUGUUAAGCCUAAGUCUCAGGUAGUUCUUUAUAGCAGUGUGAGAACAGCAGAUUUAACACCAGGCAGAUUUAACCUAAAGAAGACUACCUCAAAGCCUCUAAUGAUCAAACUCCUAAAGGUCAAAAAUAAAGAAAGGAUCCUACAAGCAACAAGAAAGAAGAAACAACAUACAAUAGCAGUCCAAUAUGUCUGACAGCAGACUUUUCAGUGCUGUCUUGUAGCCCAUUAUUUUUAAUUGGUGACAACUUAACAGUGAUUCCAUAAACAAACAUGGAAAAAUAAAACUAAUAAAAACUCUACACUUUAACUUCUUCCCUUUGCUUUUUAACUUUUUGUUGUUUCUCUUUAUGUCUUAUUAUACUGUCUAUGUCUUGGAAAGCUAUUUUAGUUUGUUGUUUUUGAUUGGUUCAUCAUUUAAUCUUUCUACUGAAGUUUAGUAGUUUACACACCACAGCUACAGUGUUAUUCUGUAUUUUUCUGUGUGCUAACUAUUACCAGUGAGUUUUCCACCUUCAGGAGAGAAUGGUAUGACAUAUUUAAAGUGCUGAAGGAAAAAAAAUUGGAAACUAGAGUAGUAUAUCCAGUGAAAAUAUCCUUUAAGCAUUAAGGAGAAAUAAAGACCUUCUCAGACAAACAAAACCUGAGGGAUUUCAUCAAUACCUGAACUAUCCUACAAGAAAUGCUGAAGAGACUUCUUCAAUCUGAAAGAAAAAGAAGUUAAUGAGUAAGAAGAUACAGAGGGAAAAAUACAUGAGGCAAAACUGAUAAACUGCAACAAGAUGUAAAUGAGAUAUACUAUUAUCAUUGGAUAUUUUAACACACUUUUAUUAGAAAAAAAUCCAGCAGGUAGAAAAUCAGUAACGAUAUAGAUGAACUUAAUCCAUUUAUUGGACUGCUUCAUCCCACAGCAGCAGCUUAUACAUUUUCCUCAAGCUUACAUGAAAGAUUCACCAAUAUAGACCAGAUGGGGGGCCAUAAAAGACACAUUAACACAUUUUUUAAAAAAUAGAAACCAUAAAAUUCUGCUUUCAGACCACAAUGCAAUUAAGUUAGAAAUGAAUAACAGAAAGAUAGCUGAAAAAUCCCAAAAUGUUGAAGAUUAAACAAAAUACUUCUAACACAAAUCAUAGAAGAAAUCUCAAGAGAACUUUAAAAAUAUUUCCAAUUAAAUGAAAAUAAAAAUAUAACUCAUCAAAAUAUGUGGGAUACAGUGAAAGGAGUGCUUAGAGGGAAAUUUAUAGCACUGAAUGCAUAUUUUAGGGAAGACAAAUUAUCUAAAAUGAAUAAUCUAACUUUUUAUCUUAGAAAACUAGAAAAGGAAGAGGAAAUUAAAUCCAAAGUAAGCAGAAGAAGAGAAGAAAAUAAAAGAAUAUUAGAAGUGAGGGCAGAAAUCAAUGAAAUUGAAAACAGGAAAUCAAUAGAGAAAAUCUACACAACCAAAAGCUGAUAUUUAAAAAAGAUAUUUUAACAGUUCUGUACAAUCUCUUCUAGGAUAUAGAAGCAGAGAAAAUACUUCCCAACUCAUUCUAUGAGGCUAGCAUUACCAUAAUAUCAAAACCAGACAAACAUAAGAAAACUACAGACCAAAUAGCUGUCAUGAACAUAUAUGCAAAAAAUCUCAAAAAAAAUAGCAAAUUGAAUUCAACAAUGUCUAAAAAAAUUAUAUACCACAACCAAGUGGGAUUUAUCACAUGUAUCCAAGGCUCAUUAAACAUUUGAAAAUCAAUUAAUAUGAUUCAUCACAUCAACAAGCUAGAAAAAAAUGUGAUCAUAUCAAUAGAUACAGAAAAAGCACUUGAGAAAAUCCAACAUUUAUUUAUGAUGAAAACUCUCAGUAAAUUAGGAGGAAAGGUGAGCUUCCCCAACUUGAUUAAGAAUAUCUACAGAACACCUCCAGCUAACAUAAUAUUUAAUGGUGAGAAACUCAGCCUUCCCACCAAAACCAAGAACAAAACAAGGAUGCCCCUUCUCACCACUCCUUUCAACAUCAUACUGAAAAUACUAGCUAAUGCAAUAAGACAAGAAAAAAAUAAAAAGUAUACAGAUUGGGAUGGAAGAAAUAAAACUGUCUUUAUUCACAGAUAACAUUGUCAUCUACAUAGGAAAUUUCAAAAAAUGGAAAAAACACUUGCCUGAGGCCAGGCACAGUGGCUCAUGCCUGUAAUCCCAACACUUUGGGAGGCCAAGGUGCAUGGAUCACCUGAGGUCAGGAGUUCAAGACCAGUCUGGCCAACAUGGUGAAAACUUGUCUCUACUAAAAAUAUGAAAAAUUAGCCAGGCGUGGUGGCAGGCACCUGUAAUCCCAGCUACAAUCCCAGCUGUAAUCCUCAGCAGGAGGCUUAGGCAGGAGAAUCACUAGAACCCGGGAGGUGGAGGCUGCAGUGAGCCAAGAUAGCACCAUUGCACUUCAGCCUGGGCAACAAGAGCAAAACCCGAAACGCCCUCUCAUAAAAAAAAAAAAAAUCACACCAAGUUAUUUUGUGAAUAUUGACAGACUCAUUCUAAGGCUUAUAUGGAAAGGCAAAAGAUCUAGAAUAACCAACAAGAUAUUGAAGGAAAAGAACAAAAUUGGAGGACUGACGCUACCUUACUUCAGAUUACUAUAAAGCUACAGUAAUCAAGACUACAUAGUAUUGGUGAAAAAAAUGGACAAAUAGGUCAAUGGAACAAAGUAGAGAUCCCAGAAAUAGACCUACAUAACUAUAGUUGACUAAUCCUUGACAAAAGAAUAAAGGCAAUAAAAUGAAGCAAAGAUAGUCUUUUCAAAAAAUGAUGCUGGAACAACUGGACAUCCACAUGGACGAAAAUGAAUCUAGACACAAACCUUACACCCUUCAUACGAAUUAAUUCAAAAAUGUACCAUAGACCUAAAUACAAAAUGAAAAAGUAUAAAACUGCUAGACAAUAAUAACAUAGGAGAAAUCCUAGGAGACUUAGGGUAUGGUAAUG